CACAACAAUUACUGCCUGCCGCCAACCUCUUACGACAUCGCAACCAUGGGUGGUGAUCUGAACUUGAAGAAGUCAUGGCAUCCGGCGCUGAUGACCAAUCAGCGGCGGGUGUACAACGAAGAGCUCAAGGCGUUGGAAGAACGCAAGAAGACGGACCAAGUCCUGAAGGAGCGUGCCGAGGAGCGAGCGAUCCAGGAACUCGAACGAUUGCAAGAGGCCGCUGGCGGCAAAAAGCGCGUGGAUCGUGUGGACUGGAUGUACAAUGGACCGGGCGCAGGAGGUCCCGGUGUUGGGGGUGUGACAGAGGAGAUGGAGGGCUAUCUGCUCGGGAAGCGACGACUCGAUGGGUUGGUCAAGAGUGGCAAUGAUGCGAUCAAGAAUGAUGCGCCUGAAGUUGGUGCGAUUGCAGAGGGGAAGGGUGGCAGUGCGCGAGAUAUCGCCAGCAAGAUUGCCAGCGAUCCCAUGCUCGCGAUCAAAAAGCAGGAACAGGCCGCAUAUGAAGCCAUGAUGGCCGAUCCGGUGCGGCGUAAAAUGUUGAUGAAGGCUGCUGGGAAGGAAGAUGAGGACGAAGGCAGCAAAAGCAAAGAAAGGAGGCACAAACAUCGAAGUCACAGGCAUCGACACCGGGAUGAGGACGAUGAUAGCCACAGGAGGAAACGGAGGAGACACAGCGACGAGUACGAGGACGAGCGCAGGUCGCACAGGCAUCGAUCGCAUCGCCACAGGCGAGACGACUCGCGCUCAAAAUCGCGGUCGAGAUCGCCAUAUUCGAGGAAGAGGGAUGACCGGGACAGACAUGAGCGCAGAUCUAAGUCGCACAGAGGACGAGACUACAGUGCUUCGCGAUCACGUUCUCCGGCACGAAGGAGGAACGACGAAGACCGUAAGGACAGGCGUAGGUCAUAUCCCAGCCCACGUCGUUCUGGUUCCCGGUCGGACUCAAGGUCGCGCUCUCGCUCUCCAUAUCAGCGCUAUGAUCGCGAAGAACGACCUCGACGAGUCGAGCGUCGACGGCCUUCCCCGUCGUAUUCUCGGCAGCGUAACGACAAGCCAUAUCGGUCGCCGCCAGAGGACCAGUCGAAAGAUGAGGCUGAUGAGGAAGCCGAGCGUGCGCGCAAACUCGCCGCAAUGCAGUCGAAUGCUACAGAACUCGAGUCUGAGCGCAAGACACGUCUGACAGAGCUGGAACAGAAGGAGGCCCGACAGCGCGAAGAAGAUGAUCGCAAGCGUUCUGAGCGAGGGAAGUUCAUAAGCAACGUUCGACGUGAUGCAGAAAAUGUCGAUCUGGGCAGAAGACUGGGCGGAGGUGGACGUAGCAAUGGCGACGAUUGAGGUUCGCUAGUUCAUGCAGCAUAUGCAGAUAUUCUUCCAACCAGGCCUCUAUUAGUUUUACGCCCACC